AUGCAGCGAACGGUACUUUAACCUGUAGUCUACACAUCAGGAUGAUCAGCUGGUCAGCGCGCUGUGGAUCAAAUCUGUCACUAUGGUGACCGUCAGCGCAUAAAGUCCAUUAUACCGGCGGCACUAUGUGAAUAUAGUGUAAAUAUUCUCUCAGCAUCUUGAAUAAGCAACUAAAGGAACAACUGUGGAGGAGAGGGAUUUUUUUUGUUUGUGGGGGGAAACGUGUUUUAGGCAUCAGUCCCAGUUGACUGAUAGUUUAAAGAACAAACUAAUUUACAACAAACUCGCCCCUUUUAUAGUCUCAACUGCGACAGUCAAUGAUGUUCAUCCGAAGCUUCGUUUUUGUAACUUUUUCUCAUUAUUUCGUACUUCUGUUGAUGUGUCAUCUCCCUCGGGCGUCCGCUCAGAAGUCCACCGGUCCACGGUGGCUGAUAGGAGACAGGGAGACCCACUGUGGGAUCAUCUGUUCCAGGACACAGGGCAAGCCGGUGUGUGGCUCUGAUGGCCGGAGCUACGAUACCGGCUGUGACCUGCAGAGGGCGCGCUGCAAGGACCGUACUCUGACGCUGACACACCGCGGACGAUGUCGAGGUAAAAACUCGGUGAGGAUUGACCAGCUUCCAGUAGUUCCUGCUCCAACAUCAGUCUCAGAGGUGAAGAACCUGGAACUGGAAGACGGAGGCCAGUCUAAGUGCAGGGUGGAGAGGAAUCAGGCUCUGGAGCAGGCUAAGAGACCUCAGGAGUCCAUCUUCAUCCCAGAAUGCAACGAGGACGGAACCUUCGCCCAGGUGCAGUGUCACACUCUGACAGGAUACUGCUGGUGUGUCACCACCGACGGCAAACCAGUCAGUGGUUCCUCCGUGCACAACAGGACCCCUGUGUGUUCAGGAAACUUCCGUGAAUUUAUGGGAACUCAUGCUGGGACAAGUGACAAGUUGUCAGGGUCAGUUACUGAUAAACCAUCUGGACCUCCUAGUUCCGGGAGAAAAGUCUCUUUCCGUUUCUUUCUCACUCUCAACCCAGAUGACGGCUCCAAGCCCACGCCCACCAUGGAGACCCAAACACAACCAGAUGGGGAUGAGAUUACGGCUCCGACCUUGUGGAUCAAACAGCUGGUUUAUAAGGAGAGUAAACAGAACAGUUCCAGCACCAGGCGACCCGAGAAAGUUCCCUCUUGUGACCAGGAGAGGCAGAGUGCCCUGGACGAAGCCCGUCAGAACCCUCGUGAGGCCAUCUACAUCCCAGACUGUGGACCAGGGGGCCUCCACAAGCCUGUACAGUGCCACCAGUCCACUGGGUACUGUUGGUGUGUUCUGGUAGACACAGGGAGACCAAUACCAGGCACCUCUACCAGGUACCAGACCCCAGAGUGUGACAGCACGGCUCGUUCGAUGGUCUCCGACGUUGAAGAUCCUUUCCAGGGCCGAGACCUGACAGGCUGCCCGGAGGGUAAAAAAAUGGAAUUCAUUACCAGCCUUUUAGACGCCCUCACCACAGACAUGGUCCAGGCCAUUAACUCACCAACCCCCUCUGGUGGUGGGAGGUUGAUGGAGCCGGACCCCAGCCACACUCUAGAGGAGAGGGUGGUCCACUGGUACUUUACCCAGCUGGACAACAACAGCAGCCAUGACAUCAACAAGAAGGAGCUGAAGCCCUUCAAGAGAUACGUCAAGAAGAAAGCCAAACCCAAGAAAUGUGCCAGGAAGUUCACUGACUACUGUGACCUGAACAAGGACAAAGCCAUCUCACUUCUGGAGCUGAAGGGUUGUCUUGGGGUCAGCAAGGAGGGUAGUUCUGUGAGCAGCAUCAACCAAGGGACAAGGCAAGGGAUUAAUUUGUUCAUAGGUCGUCUGGUGUGAGGAAGGAAGGCUCCAGAAGCUGAGAGGAGAGCAGAGGGAAGGGUUAGAACAGAGGGAAGGGUUAGAACAGAGGGAAGGGUUAGAACAGAGCGAAGGGUUAGAACAGAGGGAAGGGUUAGAACAGAGGGAAGGGUUAGAACAGAUUUAGAACAGAGGGAAUGGUUAGAGCAGAGGGAAGGGUUAGAACAGAGGGAAGGGAUAGAACAGAUUUAGAACAGAGGGAAUGGUUAGAGCAGAGGGAAGGGUUAGAACAGAGGGAAGGGUUAGAACAGAGUUAGAGCAGAGGGAAGUGUUAGAACAGAGGGAAGGGUUAGAACAGAGUUAGAGCAGAGGGAAGGGUUAGAACAGAGGGAAGGGUUAGAACAGAGGGAAGGGUUAGAACAGAGGGAAGGGUUAGAACAGAGGGAAGGGUUAGAACAGAGUUAGAGCAGAGGGAAGGGUUGGAACAGAGGGAAGGGGUUAGAACAGAGUUAGAGCAGAGGGAAGGGUUAGAACAGAGUUAGAGCAGAGGGAAGGGUUAGAACAGAGUUAGAACAGAGGGAAGGGUUAGAACAGAGUUAGAACAGAGGGAAUGGUUAGAACAGAGUUAGAACAGAGGGAAUGGUUAGAACAGAGGGAGAACAAGGGAAGGGUUAGAACAGAGGGAAGGGUGAGAACAAAGGGAAGGGUUAGAACAGAGGUAGAACAGAGGGAAGGGUUAGAACAGAGGGAAGGGUUAGAACAGAGUUAGAACAGUGGGAAGGGUUAGAACAGAGUUAGAACAGAGGGAAGGGUUAGAGCAGAGGGAAGGGUUAGAACAGAGUUAGAACAGAGGGAAGGGUUAGAACAGAGGGAAGGGUUAGAACAGAGUUAGAACAGAGGGAAGGGUUAGAACAGAGUUAGAACAGAGGGAAGGGUGAGAACAGAGUUAGAACAGAAGGAAGGGUUAGAACAUUUUUAGAACAGCGGGAAGGGUGAGAACAGAGUUAGAACAGAGGGAAGGGUGAGAACAGAGGGAAGGGUGAGAACAGAGUUAGAACAGAGGGAAGGGUGAGAACAGAGGGAAGGGUGAGAACAGAGUUAGAACAGAGGGAAGGGUUAGAACAGAGUUAGAACAGAGGGAAGGGUUAGAACAGCGGGAAGGGUUAGAACAGAGUUAAAACAGAGGGAAGGGUUAGAACAGAGUUAGAACAGUGGGAAGGGUUAGAACAGAGUUAGAACAGAGGGAAGGGUGAGAACAGAGUUAGAACAGAAGGAAGGGUUAGAACAUUUUUAGAACAGCGGGAAGGGUGAGAACAGAGUUAGAACAGAGGGAAGGGUUAGAACAGAGUAAGAACAGAGGGAAGGGUUAGAACAGAGGGAAUGGUAAGAACAGAGGGAAGGGUUAGAACAGCGGGAAGGGUUAGAACAGAGUUAGAACAGAGGGAAGGGUUAGAACAGAGUUAGAACAGAGGGAAGGGUUAGAACAGAGUUAGAACAGAGGGAAGGGUUAGAACAGAGUUAGAACAGAGGGAAGGGUUAGAACAGAGGGAAGGGUUAGAACAGAGUUAGAACAGAGGGAGUGGUUAGAACAGAGGGAAGGCAUCUGUACGCUUUCUGACUGACAGUAAAGAGAACGAUGGAGCAGACAGAUGGAGCAGACAGAUGGAGCAGACAGAUGGAGCAGAAAGAUGGAGCAGAAAGAUGGAGCAGACAGAUGGAGCAGACAGAUGGAGCAGACAGAUGGAGCAGAAAGAUGGAGCAGACAGAUGGAGCAGUUCCUGGACAAAAAGAAGAAUGGAAAAAAAACAAGAGAAAACAAAACAAGAAGUGGCGCCAAAAUAUUUGCACUUUCUCCUCCCUAUGUUUGACUUUCUAUCUGUUUUGAUAUUUGUUUGAUAUUUUCUAUUGUGACUUAAAAUAUCUCGAUAAGAAUAAUAACUCUUCUUCUCAUUGUUAACCUUAAUGUUUAAACACAGCGAGACAGUUAUCCCCUGUAAGGUUCUUCACUGGGACAUUACCCAUGUUGCUGUGGCGUUCUGGGUCUUCGCUGGGACAUUAUCCACGUUUCUGGGUCUUCGCUGGGACAUUAUCCAUGCUUCUGGGUCUUCACUGGGACAUUAGCCAUGUUUCUGGGUCUUCACUGGGACAUUAUCCAUGCUUCUGGGUCUUCACUGGGACAUUAGCCAUGUUUCUGGGUCUUCACUGGGACAUUAUCCAUGCUUCUGGGUCUUCACUGGGACAUUAGCCAUGCUUCUGGGUCUUCACUGGGACAUUAGCCAUGUUUCUGGGUCUUCACUGGGACAUUAUCCAUGUUUCUGGUACUUCACUGGGACAUUAGCCAUGUUUCUGGGUCUUCACUGGGACAUUAGCCAUGUUUCUGGUUCUUCACUGGGACAUUAGCCAUGUUUCUGGGUCUUCGCUGGGACAUUAUCCAUGUUUCUGGGUCUUCACUGGGACAUUAGCCAUGUUUCUGGUUCUUCACUGGGACAUUAUCCAUGUUGCUUUGGCGUUCUUGCAACACAACAUCCUGUCAUUUCAUAUAAUAGCACACGAAGGUAGAAGCACCGUUAAAUGUGUCUUCGAACACAGCAAACCAUUUCCUGUAACGUUUAUCCGUCAGUCCCAAUGUUACUCUGUCAGCUGUGAGGCUGUGUUCUCUCUGUCUCCUUAGUGACACAGGAGCUGAUGACACCAAGAAGGUUUUUUAAACGAGCUGCCAAUCAACAGCCUCAGUUUGCUCUACAAUAAACUGCUAAUCUGUAGCUGUAACCAGCAGAAAACAAUGACAACCCGUUAGAUCACCAGUUAGGUCACCAGUUAGAUCACCAGUUAGAUCACCAGUUAGAUCACCUGUUAGAUCACCAGUUAGAUCACCUGUUAGAUCACCAGUUAGGUCACCAGUUAGAUCACCAGUUAGAUCACCAGUUAGAUCACCAGUUAGAUCACCAGUUAGAUCACCAGUUAGAUCACCUGUUCGAUCACCUGUUCGAUCACCUUAGAUCACCAGUUAGAUCACCAGUUAGAUCACCAGUUCGAUCACCUGUUAGAUCACCAGUUAGAUCACCUGUUCGAUCACCAGUUCGAUCACCUGUUAGAUCACCAGUUCGAUCACCAGUUAGAUCACCAGUUCGAUCACCAGUUAGAUCACCUGUUCGAUCACCAGUUAGAUCACCUGUUCGAUCACCAGUUAGAUCACCAGUUAGAUCACCAGUUCGAUCACCAGUUCGAUCACCAGUUAGAUCACCUGUUCGAUCACCAGUUAGAUCAC